AUUGGAUUGAGCCGGCGGCUAACUUAAAUACAGCGUAAUAACGAGAUUCUCUGAUUCUGUUUGUUUUCUCGAAUCAUACUAGCGUUCUCUGUGUUUACUGCUUCUGUAUAAUUCAAAGCUAUGCUUUGUUCUCUCAAAGAAGAGCUGAAAUCCGUAGAAAUUAUACUAGCUAGCACUUCACCACGUCGAAAAAAGUUACUUGAGAAUAUUGGUUUACAGUUCUCCUCUGUUUGUCCUGAUGUUGAAGAGUCGUUACCUUUAGAUAACUUUGACUCAAUACCAGCUUAUAUCGAAGCCACAGCUAAGCUGAAAGUGGAUGCAGUGGUGAAUACGUUGGAUAUCAGUAAAUGUAACUAUGUAGUUAUAGGAGCGGAUACUAUGGUAUGUUUUGAAGGGUGUGUAUUUGGGAAACCAUCAAGUCACUCAGAUGCUGUAAAUAUACUCAGUCGUUUGAGCGGAAAUACUCAUCAAGUGAUAACCGGUGUUUGUUUAAACUGGAUUAUAUCUGGAAAACAACAUAAAACCGAUCAAUUUCAUGAAGUAACAAAUGUAAAGAUGAUUGAAUUAAAUCCUCGUAUUAUCGAGGGGUAUAUUCAGUCUUCAGAGCCAAUGGAUAAAGCCGGAGCUUAUGGUAUCCAAGGAUUAGGUUCAAGUUUAAUUGAGCGAAUCGAUGGUGAUUACUUCAACGUUGUUGGUUUACCUGUGUGUCGAUUAUGCAAAUACUUAAAAGCUGGAUGUGAAGAAAUACUGUCUUCAAAUUAUCAAAUGUGAACACAUAUGAAUAGUUAUCAUUCAACCGAGUAAAUAUUUCUGGAAAACAAAUAUUAUUCGAUGUCAGUCAGUAUUCAAUCGUUUUAAAAACUAGUGAAAUGUUUAAAUUCACUAGAAUAUUCGACAAUCAUAUUUCUUAUUCUCUUAUGAGAUGAUUUUUGAAUAAAAACUAUACUGUCACUGCUUUCUUCAA